UCUUCCCAGAUUUCAACAACAAAAAUUCACCACCACACUUGUUCAGCUCAUGAACAACAACAACAAAUUCAACGCAAAUGACAUGUAAUUUGCGGCAAUUCCCCCAAAAUUAAAUUGUAAAUCCAAUCGCGACGAUUUUAGGGUUAGACAAAUGGGAUCGUACAGGGCGGAUGAGGAUUACGAUUAUCUUUUCAAGGUGGUGCUGAUCGGCGAUUCCGGCGUCGGAAAAUCGAAUCUCUUGUCCCGAUUCACGAAGAAUGAGUUCAGCCAGCAGUCCAAAUCCACGAUCGGCGUCGAAUUCGCCACGCGAUCUAUUCACGUCGAUGAUAAGGUUGUUAAGGCCCAGAUUUGGGAUACCGCCGGCCAGGAGAGGUACCGUGCUAUCACUAGUGCGUACUACAGAGGCGCAGUUGGGGCUCUGCUCGUGUACGAUGUGACACGCAAUGUGACCUUUGAGAACGUGGACAGAUGGCUGAAGGAGCUCCGAGGGCACACGGACUCAAACAUCGUGGUGAUGUUAGUAGGAAACAAGGCAGAUCUCCGACACCUACGUGCCAUCUCCACGGAGAAGGCCAAGGCCUUUGCAGAGAAGGAGCACACAUUCUUCAUGGAGACUUCGGCCCUGGAAGCCUUGAACGUCGAGAGUGCCUUCACGGAGGUGCUCACAAAUAUCUACCACGUCGUGUGCAAGAAGGCCCUCGACAUAGGGGAUGACCCCUCGGCCCUGCCAAAGGGCCAAACCAUCAACAUCGGGAACAAGGAUGACGUGUCUGCUGUCAAGAACAGCGGCUGCUGCUCGGGCUAGUCAUGACCGAGAGCCGUUAGGUAUUGUUUUUGGUCAAUCUAGGGAGAUGUAUAGUAACUGCAAAACCUUUCAAUUAUUUAGUUGUUUGGUUGUGUGAACAAAA